UUUACAUACCACCAUGGCUAAAUGCCGGCUGCUGCUCCUCUUCUUGGUGUUUCUCUUGCUGGCGGCGCACGCUAAGUCAUGCCACCCUGACGACCUCCGUGCGUUGCAGGGCUUUGCCUGGAACCUCGGCGGCGGGGGCGCCCUUCUCCGUGCCGCGUGGUCUGGUGCCUCGUGCUGUGGCUGGGAAGGUGUAGGCUGUGACGGCGGCAGAGGCCGUGUCACGGUGCUACGGCUUCCAGGGUAUGGCCUCGCGGGGCCAGUCCCAGGAGCCUUCCUGGUGGGCCUUGCGCAGCUGGAGGAGCUCUUCCUCGGCUCCAACUCUUUCACGGGCUCCCUCCCUACCUCCCUCUUCAGCCUUGUUGGGCUGCAGAAGCUCUCCUUCGGAUCCAAUCAGCUCACUGGACAGUUGAGCACGCACCUCCAAGAGCUCAAGAACCUCACCUUGCUGGACUUGUCCGUCAACCGCUUCUCCGGCCGCCUCCCUGACGUGUUUGACGACCUCACGUCGCUGAUCCAUUUGUCCAUGCACUCCAAUGGAUUCUCUGGAUCGUUGCCGCCGUCUCUGUCAUCAUUAUUAUCUCUCCGUGAGCUCAACCUCCGGAACAACUCCUUGUCUGGUCCGAUUGCUCGUGUCAACUUCUCCGGCAUGCUACUUCUUGCUUCAAUUGACUUUGCGGCCAACUACUUGAGUGGGUCUCUCCCGAUUAGCAUCGCGGAUUGUACCGAACUCAAGUCGCUCAGCCUUGCCAACAACCAGUUAGUUGGCACCAUCCCAUUGUGGAUUCGUGAGCUCGUCCACCUUCGCUACUUGGAUCUCUCAAAUAAUUCAUUGAUUGGCGACGUACCCAAGGGUUUGAAACUGCUUAAGGGCCUCACCACCGCUGAUCGUUCACAGCGUAUGGCUUUCAUUAACAUGCCAUUGUAUGUGAAGCGUAAUAGGAGAACACUCCAACAACAACCAAAUGUCAUAACUGGAACCAACAACUAUGUCAGAUCUGGGGAUGGCAACACUGUAUCUGGGAAUGACAACACUGUCAUAUCUGGGAAUGACAACACUGUAUCUGGGAGCGACAACACUGUCAGAUCUGGUAACAAAAAUGUCCUGACUGGUAGCAACCAUGUUGUAUCUGGGACCAACCAUGUUGUAUCUGGGACCAACUAA